AAACUGGCUACUCUUGUCCUGAUCUUCGUGAUGGCGGCUGCCUUUGCUGACGGACAACCUAAAGCCUCCAAGUGUCGUGUGGGCUGGACAUACUUUGGUGGGUCUUGCUACGCUUUUGGAGACAUCCCCAAAACUUAUGACGAUGCUGCGGCCUUUUGUGUGACACACGGCGGAUACCUAGCAGAGGUCGAAAGUGUUCAAGAGAAUAACUGGUUGAUAAAUAAACUCACAGCCUCAAAUUUUGGUUCGGUUUGGAUAGGAGGUUCGGAGACUCUGCACAGAGGGACUUUCCUGUGGGUCAACAGCGGCAACCCACUUAUCUUUGCGGACUGGUCGUUCAUGCAACCCAUUGACCCACCUGGAGUUUACGAGGAUUGCCUGGAGAUGAGGGAACAGUUCUCCUAUAAAUGGAACGACUUUGAAUGUAAUCAACUCAACAGAUUUGUCUGUGAGAUCAGAUCGCAGCCACUGGAGGACUAA